CCCUCACUGGCUCCUCAGCCAGCCGGCUGAGGGCUCCGGGCUCCAGCUCUGCCGACCCAGCCCUGGCGAGCCCAGAGCGGCGCAGUCCGGCCCACUGCCGCCUGGAGCUGAGUCGCUCCCUGGACCCUGCCUGCCUGCGGCACUCGGUCUCCGGCGGGGGACGGGGCCAGGACCGAGGAGCGAAACUUCUAUGAAGCUUUUGCAAUCCUUUCAGUUCUGCAAUUCUGAUCAAUAGAACUGUGUGUGCGGGGAGGCUGCAGCCACAGGCUGGGACGGACAGGACCUGGAAGCAGACCCAGCAAGCAGAAUACACCACUGCUCUUCAAAGUUUGGCAUUGGAGAGAUCACGCUGCAUCCAUUCGACUCUGUGUGUAUUCCAGAUGAUUCCUCUUGCCCCUUGCUUGAAUAGUGACCCCUACCCCCACCGCACUGGGGAACGAAGGCCAGGAGGUGGCCUUGCUUGGAAGGAUUCCAGGAUCUGAUUUAAAUUAGCAUAUGGUGACUCUGCCUGGACAUCUCCAGGCUACUAAAUAUAGUGCAGCAGCCGCAUGAGUGAAUCUCUGGGUGCAGCAGACACGAUGGAUUGGAACAAAGCCACAAAAAGGCUCCUUUACUGAACAGGGUGGGGAGGACCAGGCUCAGAGGUUAACCAGCACUGAACAGCAUCACCUCAAUCCAGAGCCCUCUGCAUAUGCCAGGGCAGGAACACUGUGCUAGCUGUCAAGGCUGAUGGACUCCUCCAGUAGCAACAGAAUAAGAAGAAAAGAAGAGGACAGAAAAUUUUCUGCCUUGGAAGAGUUGGGUCAGUGACACAAUGUCCUCAAAGGGGGGAACUCUUUCACCCCUGAAUGACACCUCAUGUGGGGCGGACUCUGAGUUCAGAUACCUCCUUUUCACCAUAUUCUACAGCUUCAUCUUCAUUCUGGGCUUCAUUGCCAAUUGCUAUGUGCUGUGGAUUUUCUGCCACGUUUAUGCUUGGAGGAAACUAAACGAAAUCAAGAUCUUCAUAGUGAACCUGAUAGUGGCUGACCUGCUGUUCCUAAUCACACUGCCCCUGUGGAUAGUUUACUAUCACAACAAUGGAAACUGGAUUAUGCCUCCAUUCCUGUGUAACGUGGCCGGCUACUUGUUCUUUGUUAACACCUACUGCUCCAUCGCCUUUUUGACAGUCAUCACAUACAACCGAUUCCAGGCAGUGACCAAGCCCAUCACAGCCGCUCAGUUCCCCACCCGGAGAAGGGGUAUCUUCCUCUCCGCAGCUAUCUGGGUGGUGAUAAUGAGCAGUGCUUUGUACUACCUCGCUAAGGAUGGAAUUAAUGAAAUUAACCAUGGCACCAUCAAGCGGUGUUUUGAGAGCUAUAACACCUCUACCUCUGACAACAAUGUGCCCGUCCUCGCCAGCCACGUUGUCAUAUUCAUUAUUUUUGUCUUCAUUUUCCUGUUUAUACUGGUGUGUAACUUGUUCAUUAUCAAGACACUGCUGACCAAGUCAGUGCAGCUGCAGAAGAGCACCCAUGUCAAGCAGAGGGCAUUCAGGAUGGUGUGCACUGUCCUGGCUGUAUUCAUCAUAUGCUUUGUACCUCACCAUCUCGUUGAUCUCCCCUGGACCCUGACGGUCCUAGAGCUGUGGCAGAAGGAAAAUUGUCCGUUGCGCCAGCAGCUCAAUGAUGCCCAUCAGGUGAUGCUAUGCCUCCUGAGCACCAACUGCAUGCUGGACCCUGUCAUCUACUGCUUCCUCACCAAGAAGUUCAGGAAGCAUCUUUCAGAGAAUCUUAAAAGCAUGAAAGGGAGUCGCAAGUGUUCCAGGCAAACCACUGAAACAGUGAUCGAGGGCACAGUGCCCAUCAAUGACCUCCCCACCACCCCCAUGAGAAAUGAAUAUAGCCCUAUCUCCUACUGAGCAGGGCUGGGCCACUUGUGUCAUCAGCUUCCUCCCACUAAGCCAGGCCGGAGAGGGACACAUCAGUGGGCCAGAUCUCUGCAUUUCCAUCAGGAAGAGGAAUUAUGACCAUUCAAUCCCUGUAUUCACAAAUGCAACCAGAGGAAUAGGGACCCAGCAGGGUCUGCAAAGGGGCACCUUCUGACACAUACCGAUGCUUCAUGGGGCACUAAUCACAGCUCAGUUUGUUUUCUUUUCUGUAAAGAAAAAUGCCAUUGACCUUGUACAAGUCUUUCUCCCUCCUCCUAUCUCCUUGUGGGAUCUGUCAGCACUUUAACAUGGGAAGGCAAGGGAAUUGCCAUGAGGCGAGCUCACCCUUAUGAAUGACAGAGAUUCUAUGGAAUCUGAUCCAAGUAACCAGCCUGGAGAGAAGGGGUGUCUGUGAAAGUCGAUGAGUAUUGGUGAUGUGCUGGAAACCUCAGCCAUAGCUCCCCCAAUCCCUGGGAUCCCUAUGUAUAGAUUUUAAGGCCACCAGGGACCAUUAUCUAGUCUGACCUCCUGCAUAUCACUGGCUAGAGAAUGUCACCUAUUCCUAGACCCAGCCCAAUAACUUCUGGUUGAGCUAGCACAUAUCUUUCAGAGAGACCGAAUAUCAACUGAAAACCUCCAAGUGACAGAGGAUGAUUGCCAGCAUAGGAGUUAAGAUAGCAAAUUAAUUUAAUGCUGCUUCAUCAUCGCUUUUAUUUAUUAUAGAUGGGAUUAUAAAGAGGGAGUGGCCAUUGUCCCUAAGCUUGUGCUGCUGGAAACAAAGAAAUGUAGCUGGUUGCUUGUUUGAAGACUGUUUUCUGGUAUUUUAUCAUUAAUAAACCAACAGCUUGUGGCCACACCCCAGGGCACCCUCCAAACCACUCAACUGCUGCCGUGGUGUUAAGUCCAGUGCAAAAAUGUCAAGGGUUUUAAGCUCAGGCAUUCAGUCCAGGGUGAAAUGGACCCUGCUCCAAACAGUGCUGGCGGCAGACAAUUUGGGCCCACAGAAAGCUGGCUAGCCUGAGGGUGCCAGGCUUGGUUACAGAGCAGAAGACACUCAAGGCUCCUUGUCUAACCCUGAGUUGCUCAAUACUGAACUUCCUUCAAGCACAGGAAGUAGAACAGGGUGGGGAACUCGGUUUGGUUCUUACAUGAGGUUUUGGUUCCUCAAUUCUUCUAGAAAAAUUUCCCAGCUGGUGAUGGGAAAAACUCAUCUGCCACAUUGACACUGGAAAAGGUUAUUUAUACCAGUUAGCAGCAGCCUGGUGAUACCAGCCAGAGAACUGCUAGGAGCGUUUGUGUGGCAAACUCCAAACCUCUCCAAUCAUCCGACCAACAAUGGUAUUAUAUUAUGCCCAUAUUUCACUGAGAGGAUUCCCAGCUCUUCGAUCCCCAGUCAUCACUGGUGGACCACUGAAACUUUGAUAUCUGUGAAUGGGCAAAAAGUUUAGACUUUUCCUUUCUACUAAGUACCUCACAGUGGUCACCCAUGCAUUCAGAUGCUACAGUGCAGGACAUGGAUAAGAACCCGAUCAGAACUGCAUGUGCCUUUGCCUCCUCUAGGCAAGACUACUGCAAUGAUCUCUGCUUAGGGCUGCCCAUGAAGACUACACAGGGGCUUCUUCUAGUGCAGAUAUGGCCUCCACUUGAUUAUUAGAGCAAACCAUUCUGAGUGCCUAACACUCAUGCUCAAACCUUUGCCUGGGAUCCCUGUUCAUUUGGAAUGCAAUCCAAAGUAAUGGCAAUGAUCUUCAAAACUCUUAGUGGACUUACUUGCUGGAGGCACCGCCUCUCACAUUUAUGCCCCACUGUGACAGUUAUUGGAGGAUGUGGUGGCACUCCCCAGGCAUGGUAGCAGAAUUUUCUGGUUUUGGAGAACUCUCCCAUUGGCGGGCCUCCAUUACUUGAGUUUUGCAAAUUUCAGAGAACAAUGGAAGGGGGUGGUGUUUGCUGCAGAGUUUAAGUGUGUUCAUUUUGUACUGUGUGUUCCUGGAAAUCUUGCAAUAGAGACUAGUUUAUGCUACACAUUGUGGAUAACUUUGUACAAAUAUGUUUUGCUCCACUGUGCUUAGCUGCUAUGGCAAUAAGUGCUUUACUACUAGAUGUUUGCAUUUAUUAUCAAAGGGCAAAGACAAAGAUAUUUGCACAGGACAGACAAUGCACUCCAGUUGGAAUUUUUUUUAAACUUACCCAAAUCAUUUAAAAUAUAUGUUUAAAAAUUUUGCUGAGUUUUUCACUUCUGCUUCUGAGAUGAUCAUUUCAAUUUUAGAGGAGGAACAGGAUUAUACUAAUGGGAAAUUGUAAACUGCAUGCAGGACAAGGAUGUCCUGGCCUGACUUAGCAAAAUGGAUCCUCCAGGAGAGUCUUAAAUAAAUAUAAGACUCUGCCCACUUGUGCGCAAUCCUCUAAUAUUUUUUCUACAUUCACCAAUAAAUGGGGAGGAGCGGUGUGAAGGGGACAUGAAGAGAAAUGGGGUAGAAAAAAGUGAUGUUCUCACCCAGACCAAAAUGUAGAAAUUCAUAAAUCUAGCCAAGCUGGAUGCUUGUGAUGAAAUACGCACACAUUUUUAAGAUAGUGCAAACAGGACUAUAAGAAUGACAUAUGUAAUGAUGAACAGAAUCAGGGGAUGAGGACUCAGACAUAAAGGCCAGAAUGGACAAUCACAAUCAUCUAGUCUGACCUCCUGCACAAUUGCAGGCUACAGAACCUCGCCCAACACUCCUGCAAUAGAUCCAUAACCUCUGGCUGAGUUACUGAAGUCCUCAAACAAUGAUUUAAAGACAGAAAAUCCACCAUUUAUUCUAAUUUAAACCAGCAAGUGACCCAUGCCCAUGCUGCAACAGAAGGUGAAAAAACUCCAGAGGAAUAUUUCUAUAACAAUGAAUAGAUGUUGGGGUAGAAUUCAAAGGCAACUGAUACUGUAUUUAACCUUCAUUUAUUUCCUUUGGUGCAGUAGAAA